AUGGCUCGUACGAAGCAGACCGCCCGCAAGUCCACCGGUGGCAAGGCCCCGCGCAAGCAGCUCGCCACCAAGGCCGCCCGCAAGUCGGCCCCCGCCACCGGCGGUGUCAAGAAGCCCCAUCGCUUCCGCCCCGGUACCGUCGCUCUUCGUGAGAUCCGUCGCUACCAGAAGUCGACCGAGCUCCUGAUCCGCAAGCUCCCCUUCCAGCGCCUCGUUCGCGAGAUUGCCCAGGACUUCAAGACCGAUCUCCGCUUCCAGUCGACUGCUGUCGCUGCCCUCCAGGAGGCCGCUGAGGCUUACCUCGUUGGCCUUUUCGAGGACACCAACCUCUGCGCCAUCCACGCCAAGCGUGUCACCAUCAUGCCCAAGGACAUUCAGCUGGCCCGCCGCAUCCGUGGCGAGCGCGCUUAA